CAAUAGUAUUGGGCACCUGCUUCCCCACCUGCCCCCAAGAUACUUCGUUUUUUUUUUCCUUUUGCAGGCUAAGAACCUUCUCUUCCAGGCUCCUGGACAUCACAUGCACCCACUCCUGAGACCCCCCUAUCCGAUGGAUCAUGGGGCUGCAGUCUGUGUCCUCCAAAUAACAGCGGAUGAAUUGGGUCACUGGAAAGCUGGGAUGCAGGAAUGCAGCAAGAGUCUGGAGAUUCUCUUUUAGACCCAUCUCCACCGUUUGUGUUGAAAGGUUACUAUGAAGAUCCAGGUUCGUGCCUUGUACAGCGUUUUACUGGUUUUCACCCUGAUGCUGCUUAUCAGAACAAUGUUUUUGUAUACUGAGAAGACGAGAAGGAAAUCAUUACAUCACUCAUCGAAUUUCUGGCUAAAGUUCAUCAAUUUCACCACUACCAAAAAUGCUGCACCCCUCACCCUGCAUCCUAUGAGGGAGUCCGUGACCCUUAAUGAUGGAGUUCACACUUAUCAUUUGAACCUCUCCCGAUUCCUGGUGGAGUUUCCUUAUCUACAGAGUUAUCGCUGCUCAGUCAUUCAUGACCCAAAGAGAGAGACCCAGGCAACAAGGAACCUUGUCAUUCUGGCAAUCAAAUCCCACCCGCAGGCCGGAGUCAGGAGACAAGCCCUCAGAAAAACUUGGGCUCGCAAAUGGGAAAUAGAUGGUUACAGCGUGAGGCCAAUAUUUCUGUUGGGCCGGAUAGAUGUGCUUGGGCACAUGGAAAUGGUGACCACAGAGAGCCGGGAAUUUGGUGACAUUCUGCAGUGGGAUUCUGCUGAGGGGCAUCACAACCUAUCUCUGAAGGAACGUUGUUUCCUUGAAUGGCUGCACCACAACAUCCCGGAGGUGUCUUUCGUAUACAAAGGUGAUGAUGAUGAGUACGUCAAUCCUCAUGCAUUGGUCCGAUACAUAAAAGAACAUACCAUCAGCCCACAGGUGCUAUAUGGAUACCUGAGGCCUCAUUCACCUGUAAUGCGCUUCUCCAAGUAUCAGGUUUCUGAGUCGCUCUUCCCAUCCGACACCUAUCCCACCUUCCUGUCGGGUGGAGGCUUCAUCUUCCCCGGGCUCUCAGCAAAGCUGCUCUAUGAGAUGUCUCAGAAGAUCCCCGUUUUUCCAUUGGACGAUGUAUAUUUUGGUUUCUUGGCUCUGGCAGCCAAUCUGACCUACAAACAUGAUGCUCGCUUUCACGUGUAUGGACUAAAGUUUGAUGCCUGCCAGUACCGUCAAGCUUUGGUUGUUCAUGGGCUGGAACAAGAACAAUUAGUAAAAUGCUGGAAGGAGGUCCAGCAUGCAAAGUGCUAGAGGUAAAUAUUGGAGGUGCAACAAACGCUUUCCCUUCAUGUGUAUUAUUGUCAUCUAGAGGCAUCCUGGACCAUUAAUAUGUAUUAUUGUCAUCUAGAGGCAUCCUGGACAUUUCAUAUGUAUUAUUAAUGCCACCUAGAGGUCUCCUGGACCAGUCAUGUGUAUUAUUGCCACCUAGAGGCAUCCUGGACCAUUAAUGUAUAUUAUUGCCACCUAGAGGUAUCCUGGACCAUUAAUGUGUAUUAUUGCCACCUAGAGGCAUCCUGGACCAUUCAUGUAUAUUAUUGCCACCUAGAGGUAUCCUGGACCAUUCAUGUGUAUUAUGGCCACCUAGAGGUAUCCUGGACCAUUCAUGUGUAUUAUGGCCACCUAGAGGCAUCAUGGACCAUUUAUGUAUAUCAUUGCCACCUAGAGGCAUCCUGGACCAUUCAUGUGUAUUGUUGCUACCUAGAUGCAUUCUGGACCAUUCAUGUGUAUUAUUGGCACCUAGACGCAUUCUGGACCACACGUGUAUUAUUGGCACUUAAAGGCAUCCUGGACAUUUCAUAUAUAUUAUUCUCAUCUAGAGGCAUCCUGGACCAUUAACGUGUAUUAUUGCCACCUAGAGGCAUCCUGGACCAUUAACGUGUAUUAUUGCCACCUAGAGGCAUCCUGGACCUUUCAUGUGUAUUAUUGCCACCUAGAGGAAUCCUGGACCAUUAAUGUAUAUUAUUGCCACCUAGAGGCAUCCUGGACCAUUCACGUGUAUUAUUGCCACCUAGAGGCAUCCUGGACCUUUCAUGUGUAUUAUUGCCACCUAGAGGCAUCCUGGACCUUUCAUGUGUAUUAUUGCCACCUAUAGACAUCCUGGAUCAUUAAUGUGUAUUAUUGCCACCUCAAGGUAUCCUAGACCAUUAAUGUGUAUUAUUGCCACCUAGAGGUAUCCUGGACCAUUAAUGUGUAUUAUUGCCACCUAGAGGCACCCUGGACCACACAUGUGUAUUAUUGCCACCUAGAGGUAUCCUGGACUAUUAAUGUGUAUUAUUGCCAUCUAGAGGUAUCCUGGACCAUUAAUGUGUAUUUUUGCCACCUAGAGGCACCCUGGACCAUUAAUGUGUAUUAUUGCCACCUAGAGGUUUCCUGGACCAUUAAUGUGUAUUAUUGCCACCUAGAGGCACCCUGCACCACACAUGUGUAUUAUUGCCACCUAGAGGUAUCCUGGACUAUUAAUGUGUAUUAUUGCCAUCUAGAGGUAUCCUGGACCAUUAAUGUGUAUUUUUGCCACCUAGAGGCACCCUGGACCAUUAAUGUGUAUUAUUGCCACCUAGAGGUAUCCUGGACCAUUAAUGUGUAUUAUUGCCACCUAGAGGCACCCUGCACCACACAUGUGUAUUAUUGCCACCUAGAGGUAUCCUGGACUAUUAAUGUGUAUUAUUGCCAUCUAGAGGUAUCCUGGACCAUUAAUGUGUAUUUUUGCCACCUAGAGGCAUCCUGGACCACAGAUGUGUAUUAUUGCCACCUAGAGACAUCCUGGACCAUUAAUGUGUAUUAUUGCCCUCUCUAUCGCUGGCCAGCUCUGAGGAGAACAUUUUUUAUUUAAUUGGAUGUGUUUUAUGUUUACAUUACGUAUGCCAUUACAUUUGGUUUAUUUGCUUA